AUCUCCGACUAGGUGGCAUGAAGGAUGCGUUAUUGUUGCGUACGGAGACUACAGCAAAACCCACGGUGGCGUGGCGUGUAUAGUGCGUAUUGAGUUACGUCUUCGUGAUGUUCUUUGGUGAUUUGUCAAUUACUUCCAAAUUAAACUAAAUGCUGUUUCCUCUGAUUGAUUAGAUAGGGAAUGAUAGACCUCGGGUAGUAACUAAAGACUGCAAGCCAAGAAGAAUGGACUGGACUGUUACAAGAGGACCGACUUGGAGUUUAUUUCCGAAGUUGACGUCGUACCCUGGUGGAGUGGGUUAUACGUCAUGGGACUUUCAAGAAGAAGGACAUCGAAAAAACACUUUACAGUGCAGUAUGAGACGGACACAUAGUAUUGUUGUCUGUGUUAUGUGGUCAGUGUGGCUUGUAUUUCUAAAUGUUGUGUGGACCGUAACUGCCCAAGAGGACUUUAGUAUCUAUGCGUCGUAUACAACUUUCAAUGAGAGUGUGAAUUUCACGCACCUGGCAGUAGAUCCUGACACGGGGCGAGUGUAUGUAGGUGCAACCAACUGGCUUUAUCAGUUCAAUAGCUCUCUGGAGUUGGAGAUGGAGGUCAGAACAGGACCUGUUAAGGACAGCAUCCAAUGUUCCCCUACAGACUGUCCUCACCAGAAGAAAGUGGACAUCACUAACAUCAAUAAAGCCCUCGUAAUCGACAGUCAGGCUAACAAAUUAAUUGUGUGUGGUAGUGUGCACCAAGGAGCUUGUCGUCGUCAUCAGCUUGGAAACAUUACUAGUAGUGAGGAGCUGGUCCCUGUUCCAGUAGCAGCCAAUGACGAGAAUUCUUCUACCUACGCAUUUAUCGGACCUGCUCGAUAUUUUGGUUACCCUUCCAGGGUUCUGUAUGUGGCGACAACUAACAGCCGCCUAGGUCCCUAUCGUGACAUGGUCCCUGCCAUUACUAGUAGGAGUCUUGAGGGAGAUGAGGGCCGUCUCUUUGGGAUCAUAGAAAACUCUUUUUCGACAAUAGCCAGAGUAGAUAUUAGUUUUCACCUAAGAGACUAUUAUUUGGUUAGCUACAUCUACGGCUUCCAUUCUGGAGAUUUUAUUUAUUUCGCCACCGUGCAGAGAAAGUCCCACCUGAGGGCGCUGGAGGAGUGGGGCUUCGUAACCAGGCUUAGCCGAGUAUGCGUCUCCGAUGCAGGGUACGAUACCUAUACCGAAGUGACUUUACAAUGUGUUAGUCAGGACGGCACGGACUUCAAUUUGCUCCAGGAUGCCGUAGUGGGUCCAGCAAGUUCUCAUCUUGCAGCAGUUCUCCAAAUAGAAACGGGGUCCGAUGUCUUUAUCGGGGUUUUUACAGCCAGUGCCGAUCAUACUACGCUCUCUUCCGCUCACUCUGCUAUAUGCGUCUACCCUCUGACUGAAAUAGAACAACGUUUUACAGAAAAUAUCCACAUGUGUUACAACGGCAGUGCGCUCACUCGUAAUAUGGAUUACAUAGCCGGAAGUAUUGAGGACUGUCCAGAGCCGGGGAAAGGUGGGAACAUUUUCAGUUUCUGCACAGAAACUUUGAAACUGAACGGGACAGUUCCAAUCACGGUGACAGCAGCAGCCACUUUCCGCAACGUUACCUUCACGUCAGUGACUACCUCAACCACUUCCCAACAUACAGUCGCUUUCAUAGGCACAGAAACUGGCUAUCUGAAGAAGGUGUUGAUAAACAGUGGAGAUGAUGCAAGUAUUAAUGCUGAAUAUCUAAAGGUGUUGAUAAACAGUGGAGAUGAUGCAAGUAUUAAUAUUAGAUAUUUAAAGGUGUUGAUAAACAGUGGAGGUAAUGCAAAUGUUAAUAUAGGAUAUUUCAAAUUGUUAAUAAACAGUGGAGAUGAUGCAAGUAUUAAUAUUGGAUAUCUAAAGGUGUUAAUAAACAGUGGAGAUGAUUCAAGUAUUAAUGUUGAAUAUCUAAAGGUGUUGAUAAACAGUGGAGAUGAUUUAUUUACUACAAAAGAAUGUAGAACCGAGUUCAAGAUCAUCUAA